CAUGAAAAAAUUUAGAUCAGAUUCUGUUGGACUUUUCCCUAUCUCGUACGUUUAAUUUUUUACUUAAACCAAUGGCUCUAAGUCGUUAAAUGGAAUCGAGGCUAUUCUACUUGCUGUGUAAUUUAAAAAUGAAUUUUCAUAUGAUAAAUUCACGAUGCAGUGAAAAAUUAUUAUUUCUGCUGUAAUGUGGUUAUCCAUGGAUAUUAUGUUCAUUGGAAGAGAUUCAUUAUCGUGACAAGUAUUGCAUCACUUGAGUUUCGACCUGUGACUAUUGAAAUGUAUAAAAAUAUUCAACAGUACUAACGUGUUACUAUUGCAUCGUGUUUAUACUUCAAUAACGAACAAUAUAUGUAUAUAUUACAGAAUUAACUAGAGAUUCUAUUUAAAUGACUUAUCGUUAUUCUUCAUAUGUUAUGAAAGAUUGGCUAUAAGAUGAACAUACGCAUAUGAAAAUAUUUAUAAAACAGUUUUGACCAAUUUGAAGUGUAUUUGUUCUAUUACUGUAACAUGUAAAAAAUAAAAUUUUCUGGGAGGUUACUUCAUUAUAUUGUUAAAUAAUUUUGGGAAACGUAAAAUGGGAAAAAUAUACUUAUACAAUCGUUUUUCUCUUAUCAGUUUCGUAAAUAAUUUGGGUUUUAAUUCAUAACAAAUACCAAUGAGAUAUGCGGUAUAAAGUUAAACAGCAGCAUCCAAGAUCUUUACUGCAUAAGUAUUAUAAUUAUAGUGAAGUUAAUAGUGCCAUAAAAUUACAAGAUGUCUGCAGUAGAAACACCACAUUUCAUACGUACCAUCGAAUGGGAUAUGAUGGAUAAGACAAAGUUUUUUCCAUUGAGCAUGCUCUCAUCAUUCUCUGUACGCUGUUGUCUAUAUCCCUUAACAGUGAUUAAAACUCGUUUACAAGUUCAAAGGCACAACCACAUGUACAAUGGAAUGCUAGAUGCUUGUAAAAAAAUUUAUCAAGUGGAAGGUUUGAGUGGUCUGUACAGAGGAUUUUGGAUAAGUUCUAUACAAACUGUAUCUGGGGUAUUUUAUGUGUCUACGUAUGAAGGUGUGCGUCAUAUACUUGGACAAAAUGAUGUUAUAGGUAAUAUAGACUCAAGGAUAAAAUCAUUAAUUGCUGGUGGAGCUGCUAGUUUGGUAGGGCAGACAAUAGUAGUACCAUUUGAUAUUCUAAGUCAGCACUUAAUGGUUCUUGGGAUCAAUAAUAAUAAACAUGGAAGAUAUAUAGAUAAGAUGGGUAUGAAUCCAUUGGGUUUAAUUCUUGAACCAGGAAAAUCUAGAGCUCAAAUUUCGGCAGACAUUAUCAGAUCAAUUUAUCAGAGAGAUGGUUAUAGGGGUUUUUAUAGAGGAUAUGUUGCAUCAUUGUGUGCUUAUGUUCCCAAUAGUGCCCUUUGGUGGGGACUAUAUACAUCCUAUCAGGAAGAACUUAUAAAAGUGUUCCCAGAAUGGGUUUCUCACUUGUUUAUUCAAGCUCUUGCUGGCACAUUAGGAGGAUUCACUACAACAAUUAUUACAAAUCCUCUAGACAUAGUACGGGCAAGGUUACAAGUACAAAGAUUAGACAGUAUGUUUAGCACAUUCAAAGUUUUAUGGGUGGAAGAAAGGUUGCAAAUGUUUACAAAGGGACUUUCCGCGCGUCUUGUACAGUCUGCUUGUUUUAGUUUUUCAAUAAUAAUAGGAUAUGAAACUAUUAAAAGAUUCAGUAUAGUCGAAGAGUACAAAGGUUAUAUUAGGUGGUGAAUUUAUUCUGUAAAACUCAAAAUAAUUGUUUUUUCUUUGUCAUGCAUUUUUCGACAAGUUCUGUUGUAUAUUUUACGCAGAAGUAACUAAUACGCACCAAAGAGAGAGGAACGAGAUCAUAGUGAUCUUUAAAUUGUAUUAAUAUUAGUAUAUUUUAAUAAAUUGUAAUUGUAAUUAUGGUUAACAAAUAUGACAAAAACAUGGAAAUGUUUAUUUUAAGUAAUAAAAAAUGAUUGAUCAUAAAUUUUAACCAGAAUAUAGUUACAUAUUAAUUACAUCUGCAAUAUUUUUCCUACUGUUUAUAUGUCAUCCAGAGUUUGCCAACAUUUGCUAAAAGUGUAUUUUAUAUUGUUUCUUUCAUAUUUCGUAAAAUACAAAUUUUAUAUAGCCUGUAGGGUUAGGGUUAAAUUAUUGUGAUAAAAAACAAUAAAAGAGAAUGUUUCUAUAACGUAAAACUAAAUAUGUAAAAUAAAUAAUUUUGUUAGCUGACAUUGUAUAUUCCGUCGAUCAUUAUUUACUUUAUCAAUAUAGGAUAAGUGAUGGACAAAAAGUGAAUGAUAUCUUUUUCAUUUCCAUUUUUUAUUAUAAAGGACAGCAUAUUGAUAGACACAUUUUGUUUCGAAGGUACUUAAGUGGUCUUGUACGUCAAUUGAUACUUUUUGAGUAUGCACGUUAUCUACCUCUUAAAAAUUAAAUAUGACGAUUCCGUUCUUUAUAUGUACAGGCCAGAAAAGUCUUAGUCUACGUCAGUAUAAUGCGAAGUGUACACACAUUCACAUCACCGUUAUAUCUCGCCGCUUAUAUCUGUAUCGUGAUUUUGAUAACAUAGGUAGUGAAAUACAA